AUGCAGAACACGUACGUCGUGGACGGCGGGAUCACGCCGGCGGUGGCGGCGCUGGUGUUCGGUGACCGGUCGUCGUUCUACCGGUGCGGCUUCGUGGGCGUGCAGGACACGCUGAGCGACAUGGACGGGAGGCACUACUACGAGGCCUGCUACAUCGAGGGCGCCAUGGACUUCAUCUGGGGCAACGGCCAGUCCAUGUUCCAGGGGUGCGAGAUAUGGACGGCGCCGGCGCCGGUGUCGCCCGGGUUCAUCACGGCGCAGGGCCGGACGAGCGAGGACGACGCGGGCGGGUUCGUGUUCCGGGGGUGCACCGUGCGGGGCGUCACGCCGGCGUACCUGGGCCGCGCGUGGCGGGGCUACGCCAGGGUCAUCUUCUACCAGACGGACAUGUCCGGCGUCGUCGUCGGACAGGGCUGGGACGCCUGGAACUACAAGGGCAAAGAGUGAGUCGCCGCGCGUCGUUUCGUUUGCCCUCUACCCUGCUUUGCAAUCUGAUUGGUUUGGUGGUUUUGAUGUGCAACAGGGACACGCUGACGAUGGUGGAGGCGGGCUGCACGGGGCAGGGGUCCAACCGGACGGAGCGGGUGCCUUGGACCAAGGCGCUCGGCGGCGUCGAGCUCGCCAAGUUCGUCGACGUCUCCUACGUCUCCGGCG